AUGACUACUUUAAUAACAUUUAAUAAUACUGCAGUAAAAGAUAGUUCAUUAAAUGAAAAUCAUUAUACAAGAAGGGUUUCAUUCAACAAUUUAAAUUCUGAUGAUGAUAUUAAUAUAGAUACAACCCAACCAUUAUAUAAUAAUUAUACAACAACCAAACCUAAAAGUGAUGAGUAUCAUGUUUCAAUACCGGAUAUGUUAACAACUUCAAAUGCUUAUUAUAAACCACGAAAGAGAUUCAAAUUACCUGAUCCACCUUCGAAAUCAAUAUUAAAGAAUAGAGUAAGUCAACAACAAUUGGAGUAUAAUAAUCUAUAUGAUAACAUUGAAGAUGCAACUAUAAAUUAUCAUGAAGAGGAGGAAGAUGAACCAUUAGUGUCUACUCCAAGGAGGAAAAGUUAUUCCGAAAUGUCCAAUGAAGAACUAUUGGCAUUAGAUCCACAGUUUAAGAAAUCAAAUUUUGACAACCUUGAUAAAUUCAAGUUUGACAAUCAAAAGACAUAUUAUUCGGAUAAUAGAAGGUCUUCGGUAACUACAGCCCCUACAUUAUUUAAAAAACAAGAAUACCCAACUUCUAAUGAAAAUAAUUAUAAAUCUAUAAAUUUAACUAUAAAACAUGAUGAUUAUGAUACAAUUAAAUAUUCAAGGACUUUGUUAACUAUUAUAAGUGGUAGAAAACAUUCAUGGAAUUCAAUAGACUGGUUAUUAAAUAUAAAUUCAAAGAAUGAUGAAACUUUUCUUAUUGAUGGUGAUUAUUUAAUUGUUUCAUGUUUGAUUCCCCAACAAUUUAUAAAAGAGUAUAAUAAUAAAAAGAAGAGGAAAAGUACAAUGACGGAGUAUUUAUAUUUCAAAUGUCACAAUUUGCUAAAUUAUCUACUUGAUUAUAUGAAUAAAUUUAAUUUAAAAUUGAAAUUGACUGUUGAAUUUGUUUUAGAUGGUGAUAAUAAGGGAAAUAAGUUUAUGAUUCAACAUGUUUUCAAUCAAUAUCAACCAAAUUUGAUAAUAAUAGGAAAUAGAUCAUCAAAUUUAAAUUUUAAAUAUAAAGUAAAAUCAUCUGAUGAGUAUCUAAUCAAGUUAAGUUCAUAUAUAGUCAAAUAUUCAACAAUACCGACCAUUUUAAUAGGACAACAACAUGAAAACCUCACGAAAAAGAAAGUAAAUAAGGAUGUUCCAAAAAUUAAAUUCACAUCUGAUUUAUCUCCAAACACAACAAAUAAUAGUUCUUCAUCUAUAGAAAGUGUUGAAUCUUUUAUACCUAAGGAAUUAACGGAAGAAGAAAGUAAAAAAAUACGAUAUAAACAACAAUUAAAAGAAUUAAAAUCAUUACCAAAUACAAAUGAAGAUAAAUUUCAAAAUCUUAUAUCUUUAAUUUCAGAUAAUUCAUUUAGUGAAUCAACUAUUUAUUUAUCAGCAGUAAAUUCAAAGGAUGAUAGUAUUAAAUUGGAUAAUAAAAUACAUGAAAUUUAUAAAUCUCAAAGUUUCAGCAGUUAUAAUCAUAAUAAUUCAAGUGAUGAUUUAGGAGAUAAUAAUAUAUAUAAAGUUAAAUCAUUAAUUAGCUUCGAAGAUGAGGAAGAAGUUAAACGAAAGCAGCAAGAAAAGAGAAGGAGAAGUCAACAAUUGAAGAAAUCAAGAGGAAAUUCAGUAUCUUCAAAUGAAUCAGACAAAAAUGGGAAGAAACUGUUUUGGCAAAAGAUUGGAUUGAAGAAAUCAUAA